AGAAACGUGGAAGAAAGGUAAAUAUCUCUCAGUGUAUAAGGGUUUAUAAAAUGUUGUUUAGUAUAAUCUAUGUAACUUUUUUUAUUGUGUCAUCAAAAUUGAAGGAUGGAGAAGAAAAUGAGGAUGCAUAUGAAAAGCCCGUGAAGGUUACAAGGAAAAGUGAAAGAGUAACUAAGGUAAAUAUCUCUCUGUGUAUAAUGCUUUAUAAAAUGCUGUUUAGUAUAAUCAAUGUAACUUUUUUUAUUGUGUCAUCAAAAUUGAAGGGUGGAGAAGUAAAUGAGGAUGCAUCUGAAAAGCCCAUGAAGGGUACAAGGAAAAGUAAAAGAGGAACUAAGGUGAAUAUCUCUCAGUGUAUAAGGGUUUAUAAAAUGCUGUUUAGUAUAAUCAAUGUAACUUUUUUUAUUGUGUCAUCAAAAUUGAAGGGUGGAGAAGUAAAUGAGGAUGCAUCUGAAAAGCCCAUGAAGGGUACAAGGAAAAGUAAAAGAGGAACUAAGGUGAAUAUCUCUCUGUGUAUAAUGCUUUAUAAAAUGUUGUUUAGUAUACUCUAUGUAACUUUUUUUAUUGUGUCAUCAAAAUUGAAGGAUGGAGAAGAAAAUGAGUAUGCAUAUGAAAAGCCCGUGAAGGUUACAAGGAAAAGUGAAAGAGUAACUAAGGGAAAGAAGAAAGGUGUAACACCCCCACGUGAAGUACAACAACAAGUAGAAGAUCAUGCAGAAACCAAUGAAGAUGGAGAAGGGAAUGAGGAUGCAUCUAAAAAGCACGUGAAGUUUACAAAGAAGAAUGGAAGAGGAAAUAAGGAACACAAUGUUGGCACCCCCAAAUCGAAAAAACAAAAGAAACAAUUUGAGAAAGAUUCAGCUGAUGAUGUGAUAGGAAGUGUUUUGGAAGAUCUUAAAAAUGCCGAUUAGAAGCAUCGCGAAUUUGAAGAAAUGAAGCUCUUUCAGUUUUUUAGUACUUUUAACAAAUAUCUAUGGAACUUUUUCAGUUUUAGUGUGUUAUCUUUUGAUGAUGUCUUCAAUGAGGAACAUCUUUUGGCUUGUCCCUUAAUCCUUCAUGAUGAGGAAAAUAUAUUUUGGUUUGUACCUUAAACCUUUGCUAAGGAAACAUAUUUUAUUUAUGUUCAUGCAA